AACUGCAAAAUGGCGGAUCAGAAUGUGAAGUCCUUCCAAAAGCAGCCUACCAUCUUCCUAAACAGAAAGAGAGUUCCGGGCCAAAAAGUUAAGAAAUCCUUACGAUAUACUCGAAAUGUGGGUCUUGGUUUUAAGGCGCCAAGGGAGGCAUUGGAAGGAAGUUAUAUCGACAAGAAGUGUCCUUUCACUGGCAAUGUUUCCAUUAGAGGUAGAAUCCUUACAGGCGUAGUCCAGAAACUGAAAAUGCAGAGGACUAUCGUAAUUAGGAGGGAUUAUCUACACUAUAUUCGAAAGUACAACCGUUUCGAAAAAAGACAUAGGAACAUGUCUGUCCAUUUGAGCCCUGCUUUCAGGGAUGUUGAAAUUGGGGACGUCGUCACCAUUGGAGAAUGCAGACCGUUAAGUAAAACGGUCCGGUUUAAUGUUUUAAAGGUCACAAAAGGAACCGGAGCAAAGAAGAGUUUCAAAAAGUUUUAGAUCGAAUGAGUUUUUGCUGGACUAUGCAAAGGAUGGGAGGAGAAAUUUUUCUAGGAAGCGGAGGUAUGCUUCACCGGGCCUUACUUUUCAUGCUAAAACUUGGAUGGAAAUCUCGUUU